UCCGCUCCAAGAGAAAUGGCAGCAGCCUUGUCCCGUGCCCUAAAACUACCCGGAAAAAAGGGCUCGGAGCUGGGAGAGUACGACCCACUCACCCAAGCAGACAGCGAGGACGAGAGCGAAGAUGAUGACCUGGUACUCAACUAUCCCCGCAACGGUCUGGGCCGAGACUCAUUCCAUGGCGCCGGCGGCUCCACAAAGCUGCGGGGAAGUCGAUCCGGGCGACUUGUGGUGGCCGGAGAUUCGCCGCAGGAGGAUGGGGACGACUGGAGAGAGCGACUCCCCAACAAAUCCCAGCAGGGCAGGGACGAUGUGAAAGGAGGGCAGUACUGGAGCCCGUCAAGGGAGGACAGGGAGCAGCUUGGGGGAUCUGGACUGAGGAUUCACGGGACGGAUGAGGAAGCCAAGAGGCUGAAGAGGAAGAAUGCUGUGCGGGCCUCCUUUUUUCUGGUGCCUCUAGUUUGCGCCAUGCUUCUCGUGCUUCUUUGUGCAUUCCUGAUUCCUUGUCAGAAAGGAGCAUUAGCAAAGAGGCCACAAUGGGAGCGAGCACUUGGAGAUGCUGGAGGUGUAACUCCACCUGCGCUGGCCGUAUGGGAUGUCGACGGCGAUUCCGUGGAUGACGUGCUGCUCAGUGUCACCGAGUGGACCAAUGACACGCAUCCCACACAAGGGAACAAAAUUUACAGCGCCGUGGUCCUGUCCGGUGCUAAUGGACAGCUCCUGUGGAGGAAAGUCAUGUGGGAGCCAGUCAUGUAUAUUCAGUGUGGUCUGCAGCUCAACACGAAACCAUUACCUGUAUGUCUCCUCAUUGGGAAGUCUAUCAUCAUGGCUGUGAAUGGAACCACAGGGAAGAACUUGUGGUCCACGCUGCUGAGGAACAUUGAAUCCCAAGCUGUGUUACUCCCAGAUGUCCAAGGAGAUUCCGUUCCGGAUCUACUGAUAGCCACCCUGCCUGCCAACGAGGCUCUGGAUCUCUCCCUGACUUUAAUUUCUGGGCUGACUGGAGCGACACUCGGACAGUCUGUGUCAUUCAACCUCACCGGACAAGGGAAACUGAUUGGCCCUCUUCUGCAUGAGACUCAACAAGGGGCACCUUACAUCUUGUUUGGCCUAGGUAAUGUCGUGGCCAUCUCACUGCGGGAUAUUUACAUCCGUGCAACCAGCAAGUUACCGCUGACUCCCACACUAAGACAGAAGGAUCCUGGCUGGGAGGGAUUGAAGAAAACAAAUUCCUCCUCCUCCUUCAUACACAUCUUCAGAGGAUCUGAGCGUGUGGAGUUCUUGCUGCCCCUGGUGGCCGGUUUUGGCACUUACCACAACAACCUGGACACGCUUUCCAACUUGAAUUCCAGUAAGAGCGACUGGGUGUUGGUGUAUGGCUUUAGCAAGAUCUCGGUGCUGAGACAGAGGGAUGCGCGCAAACAGUGGACCUUUAAUUCCGCCCCCAUACACAGCCAACCAACUCCUGGACACUUUAAUGAUGACGGAAUCCUCGAUCUUUUCUUUCAGCACUCGGCAAAUGGCAUAAUGAAGGCGCAGGUGAUUGACGGGGCAAAUGGCCGUCCUCUCUGGACGGCACAGUUCGUGUGCCCCCGUCUUGUUUUGGAAACGGCAGCGGUCUCCACUUCCACUGGCCUAUCAGCUUUUGUCUUCUGGGCCAGCGAGCCAAUCACUGCACAGAAGAAUAUCACCAAGGCAACUGUGGCCCCGGGUGUUACGGCAGCAGAACCAGUCAUCCGAAAGCUCUUCCUGUUGCACCCCGCCUAUCCCACAAUCCUGAUGCAGUUGGCGACGACCACCGAUACUGCAGUGGCUGCCGCAGUGAGCUACGAAAAGCGGCAGAAAGAUGCAUCCUACAUCACCGUAUCCCCACGGCCGGCGCCCGACUCGGAGCCCGCCGCUCGGAUAGUGAAGAGCAUUCGACUCCGUGCGGCCAUCGCCAAAGGACGGGUGGUCACAUUAGGCGAGAGCUUGGAGACUGGGGUCACUGGUAAACUUGACACAUCUGAGCUUGACAAGUUUUACAGACACCUGUUCUUCAAAUAUUAGUAACAUGCUGCUUUUCUACCAUGCUGGGACACAAGAAAGGGUACAACUGGUUAACUGCACUAAGAAGGGAUUCAUUUGAAGCUAUUUACAGCUUGGCUAAUUAAUUGGAACUUCAUUUCUCUUCUGUUAAUUGAAUGUGAAGUAUUUCUCAUUUUUAGUCAUGUUAUUUAUAAUUUGUUUCCUUAAAUACUUGUGUAUUUAUUUGAAUGGAAUUUUACAAAUGUUUUGUUGAAUGCCUAAUUGCUGACUUGAUCACGGCGCUUUGUUUUAAUGAAAGGAAGUGUAAAUGCAGUAAUUCGUUUUUAAAUCUUUUUAAUGGUCAGUGUUACAUGAUCUCAGAUCGAAUCUUUACAAUCUCCUCAAAUGAUCAUGUGGUAAUUUUCACGUUGCUAUGUGUAAAAAAUUGAUUGCUGUACAGUAUUUAUUAAGUUGAUGUAUUGUCUUAUACUGUUUCUAUUUUUUUGUUCUCACUUGGCUGCUCAUGAGUACAAUAUCUUAUUGUAAGCUGCAACUUCCUGUAUUAAAAAUGAGAAAAUAAAUUCUUUGUGCAACUGGGA